GAGACGCACCGCCGCCGGCCCAGUUAUUCAGAGUUUCAUAAGAGGUCCCGGUGCCAGCUUCUGUGAUGUCAAUCCCCAGAAGAAGUCAAGUUGAGAAGAAGAGGCUCUCCAGUUUUACAAGAAAGGGGCUCCUGGAAGUGCCAUCCCCAACAGAGAAGGACUGGCCAAAGGAUGAUGAAGGUGAUUAUGUCUUCAAAGAUUCAGGUCAGGAGAUGGAUUCCCUGCCUCAGCCUUAUCGAAUGAUCAACAAGAUGGUGAACCUUCUAUUUGACCAGUCUUGGAAAGUUAUCCAGGAGAGGGAUGCAUUGAGGGAAGCUGAGCUCAGCCGGAUCCAGCCUGUCACCUACCCUCCACAUGUAGAAAACAAGCUCAGCAAGAUGCCAAAUUGUAUGGCAGUUUCCCAAGACUAUGUCUUCAUUGGAGGAGCCAAAGGAUUCUCCAUCUAUAAUCUGUACAGUGCUAAACAAAUAUGUAUUUGGGAGAAACUUAAGGUCGAUGUCACUUCCAUCUGGACCACUGAUUUAGGGAAUGAAAUACUUAUUGCUCCUGUGGAUGAAAUGGGUAUUGCUAGACUGUUUUACUUUUAUAAGGAUAGUCUUUUCCUAAUCAAAGCCAUCAAUGAAGCGGAUGAUGCCAGCAAGCAAACCACCUGUAUAAAGAUGGAGAUCUGUCGAGGAGGGGACUUUGCAGCCUUCCUCCUACAAGGAGCCGGAGAUGUUUGGCUGGAUGUGUAUAAAUUGCCCAAGGAGUCUUGGCUCAAGGAAGUGGAGCACCCCCAACUUGCUAUAAAUCCAAAGAAAAAAGGCAGACAGCCACAACUGAGCACUCUUGAACCCGUGACUUCAGAGACUUUAGAAAUGGAUACAAACAUUUGUUUUAGAGGAGACAUUAAGUUGAGUCAUCCAGUUCACAUAAUGAAGAUCAAACCACCCAAACCAGUUACAGGGACCACAUUUAAAAGCCCCCUGGAAGUCUUUGCAAAGAUAGAGGACUGCUAUGGGUUGGGCUCAGGGCAGAACCACUUCAUCAAGGAAAAUCAGUGGGAACAGCAAGCAGCCAUCUUCCACACCUCCUACAAGAAGUACCUGGAUGAGAAAGGGGAGGAGGAGCCACUCAGCAUGGCCUCAUUCCAUUUCCUCCUUCCUAGCAGCAUAAUUGCAAUGCCAGCGGAAGUCAAGAGCCCCUCAGGAGUAGCCUGUGUCCUUGGCAUACAUUGGACUGGAAGUCACAACUUCUUCCUCUAUUCGCUUAACCGAACUCUGAAGGAUAAAGUCGACCCAGAGGGUGUGUGGCCCUGUGCUGCGCCCAUUGCUGUCUCUCAGCUCAGCUAUACCUGCUCCUACCUGUUGAUUGCCUGCGAGGAUGGCGUGCUCACACUGUGGGACCUGGCCGAAGGUUUCCUACUUGGGGUCGUUGCUCUUCCCGAGGGAUGUUUCUGCCAGAGCAUUCACUUCCUAAAAUACUUCUUAGUCUACAAAGGACAGAACAUGUAUCCUGAGGGUCCCUUGAAAUCCCAAAUGCAAUGUGUGGUGCUGUGCACAGAUUCUUCCCUCCAUCUUCUGACAGCCAAGGGGACCCAAGUGCCCACCAUCAGCGAGCUUGUUAAGAGGCCCGUGAAACAUCCAGAGGAGGCCAUCUGUGCAGUGGCCCCGGUUCAAGCCUUCCCCGGCACAGUGCUGAUCUUUUGCAGGAAUGGCUCUGUACAGCUCAUGGAUGUGGCCAAGCCUCAGAUCAUCUGUGCCUUUGCUCCACCCAGAACUUACCAUCUGGCGGUCCCCUGGAAGCCUGUGUUUGUCGUGUCUUUGCAACAUCCGUGUUUCCUGCUCCGAGGAGACCAUCCAGAUGAAAUUGAAUCUGACGACACCAAGGACAUCCAGAACUCCAUCUUCUACUUUAAUCUCGAGGCCUACCCACUCCUGGAAAACAUCUCAAGAAAUCACACCAUUCCUAAAAUGGACAUAACCGAGAACAUGGCUUUCACUCAGGUGUUGCCCUUGGAGAAAAGAUGUGAGGAUUUCCUCGAGAGGAGUUUCCAGAAGCUGGAGAAGAAGGUGAAAGAGGAGGAGCACCGGACCCGGCUUCACAGGUAUUCCUUGAUGCUCCAAAGAGAGAACUUCAGGAAGUGACUGGGCUGCCAAAAAGCUUUGCAGUGCACAGCCUUCACCCCAGGAUGCCCUGAGGUCCAGAGACACAAUGACAGAGGACAGCAGCUCAGUAGGCCCCAGGGACCUGGACUGGCAGGCUGGGACCUCAGCAAGGGGGAGGUAGGCCCUGGGAGCCUAUGCCCCUAAGCCACUUGUCAGAGCCCUCGGUGGG